AUGCCAAGGAAUAACUCACCGCUGAGGCGGCCACGAGCUCCUACUAUCACGCUCGACACCUCGGCCGUGAACGAACAAGGAGACGAACUUCACAACACAUCAUCAACACCGUCUUCGGACAAUGGCGAUGAGGUGAACAAUACGUUAUCAGUGCCCACAAGAAAGUCGAGAUCACAGUCGUGGGACUCCAACAACACCACCUUGGCCAAGUCCAAGACGAAUGACGGCACGGACAAGGGUUCCCCAACUGUCCAACACUCAGACGCACCCAAGGGCUAUGGCUUGAACCCCGACGACGCUCUCGCACCGAACCCCGGCGAGGAAGCUUCCUUUCAUGUCGACAACAAUCCCUUUGCCUUCACGCCCGGCCAGGUUUCCAAACUUAUCAACCCCAAGAGUCUCGAUGCCUUUGUUGCCGUCGGCGGGUUGGUGGGCCUGGAAAAGGGCUUGCGGACAGACAGGCGCGCCGGCCUCAGUCUCGACGAAUCCAGGCUCGACGGCGCUGUCAGCUUCGACGAGGCCGUCGCUGCUGGCAAGAAGCUCCCCUCAUCAUCGGAGCCCGUACCGACGGAUUCCCUGCAGCAGGAGGCCGUUCAGCAUGGCGACAGCGCAGGCAAGGGGUUCGACGACCGGAAGCGCGUUUUUGGCCUGAACCUCCUGCCCGAGAGGAAAUCGCUGUCGCUUUUGCAGCUUGCCUGGAUCGCCAUGAAGGACAAGGUUUUGAUUCUAUUGAGUGUGGCAGCCGUCAUUUCUCUAGCUUUGGGACUGUACCAGACCUUCGGUGCGACACAUCACGGAGACGAUACGGCCAAGCUCGAAUGGGUCGAGGGUGUGGCCAUCAUCGUCGCUAUCACAAUUGUCGUAGUCGUUGGUUCCAUCAACGAUUGGCAAAAGGAACGCCAGUUUCGCAAGCUGAACCAGAAGAAGGAGGACCGCGUCGUCAAGGUCAUUCGUUCCGGAAAGCCCGCCAACCUCUCAGUGCACGAAAUUCUCGUCGGAGAUGUCAUGCUGCUGGAGCAGGGAGACAUCAUCCCCGUUGACGGCGUUUUCAUUGACGGUCACAAUGUCAGCUGCGACGAGUCGUCCGCCACCGGAGAGUCGGAUCUCAUCAAGAAGGUGCCUGCCGACGUCGUCAUGAAGGCAUUAUUCGAGGAGGAAGUGAACCCCAAGAAGCUUGAUCCCUUCAUCAUCUCUGGCGCUAGAGUUCUCGACGGUGUUGGCACGUUCCUCGUCACCGCUGUUGGCGAGAACUCCAGUCACGGCAAGACCAUGAUGUCCCUUCGCGACGACCCCGGCAUGACUCCCCUGCAGCUGAAGCUCAAUAUUCUUGCGGGAUACAUUGCAAAGCUCGGCAGUGGUGCUGGUUUGCUGCUUCUCGGCGUCCUCACGAUCGAAUUCCUGGCCCACCUCCCGCAGAACGAUGGUACCCCUGAGGAAAAGGGCCAGCGGUUCUUGCAAAUUCUCAUCACCUCCAUCACCAUUAUCGUCGUUGCCGUCCCUGAGGGUCUACCCCUGGCCGUCACACUGGCCCUGGCGUACGCAACCAAGCGGAUGACAAAGGAGAACAACCUCGUCCGACAUUUGCAAUCAUGCGAGACCAUGGGCAAUGCCACCGUUAUUUGCUCCGACAAAACCGGUACCCUUACUGAGAACGUCAUGACUGUCGUGGCCGGCACUCUGGGCACCGGCAAGUUCCGUUUCACCGCCGUCGACGACCAAACUGCCGAUACGCAGGAUGGAACUCACGAGCAGGUCGCUGGAGACGACAAAAAGAUUCACAGCGAGCCUGCGGCCGAAGUCACCAUGUCCAAGCUCUCAUCGGCCCUGGACCCCGAGUUCAGAGAUCUUGUCAAGCAGUCCGUGGCCAUGAACACGACUGCUUUUGAAACGGAAGAGAACGGAAAGCAGCUCUUUGUAGGUACCAAGACGGAGACGGCCCUGCUCGACUGGGCUCGCCGAUGCUUCGCCCUGCAGCAAAUCGCCAUCGAGCGAGAGAACUGCCCCAUCGAGCAGCUUUUCCCCUUUAACUCUAAGCGAAAGGCUAUGGGUGCUGUCGUGCGCUUGCCCAACAACAAGUACCGCUUCUUCGUCAAGGGCGCCCCCGAGAUCCUCUUGGGACAAUGUUCCCACGCCGUUACCGACCCGACCAAGCCCUCUGGCACAGCGUCAAUGGCCUCGGAGCAGCAGGAGGCGAUCCGCCAGAUCAUUACCGAUUACGCUCGCCGAUCCCUCCGCACAAUCGCCCUCGGAUACCGCGACUUUGAGCAAUGGCCCCCCGAGAACGUCCGCAAGGAGGAAGGUUCCCAAAACGUUGAGUUCUCCGGCAUCUUCAAGAACCUCACGUGGGUGGGUGUUGUCGGUAUCCAAGACCCCGUCCGCGCCGGUGUUCCCAAGGCUGUGCAGGAUUGCCGCACCGCCUCCGUGUCUGUGAAGAUGGUUACCGGCGACAACGUCGAGACCGCCAGAGCGAUCGCGAGAGACUGCGGCAUCCUGACCGAGAAGGGCAAAGUCAUGGAAGGUAUUGAGUUCCGCCGCAUGGAUGACCGUGAGCGAAUUGCGAUUGUCAGAGACCUUUGCGUGUUGGCUCGUUCGAGUCCCGAGGACAAGAAGAUCCUGGUCAAGGCCCUGAGGAGCUUGGGCGAGGUUGUCGCCGUCACGGGAGACGGCACAAACGACGCGCCUGCUCUCAAGUCGGCGGAUGUCGGCUUCUCCAUGGGUAUCACCGGAACCGAAGUUGCCAAGGAAGCCUCGGACAUCAUCCUGAUGGACGACAACUUCUCGUCCAUUGUCAAGGCCAUGGCUUGGGGCCGUGCCAUCAACGAUGCCGUCAAGAAGUUCCUGCAGUUCCAGAUCACCGUAAACAUCACGGCCGUCAUCCUCACCUUCGUCACCGCUGUUGGCAGCGAAACACAAGAGCCCGUGUUGAACGCCGUUCAGCUUCUAUGGGUGAACCUUAUCAUGGAUACCUUCGCCGCCCUCGCCCUCGCCACCGAUCCUCCUACCGAGAGCAUGCUCCGCCGGAAACCUGAGGCCAAGACGGCCGCCCUGAUCAACACGCCCAUGUGGAAGAUGAUCAUCGGCCAGUCCAUCUACCAGCUCAUUGUCACCCUCAUUCUGCAUUUUGUCCGUCCGGCCGGUAUCAACAACUACCCGGAAGGCCAGCGCAAGACGCUCGUGUUCAACGUCUUCGUCUUCAUGCAGAUUUUCAAGCUCAUCAACAGCAGACGCAUCGACAACAAGCUGAACAUUUUUGAGGGAAUCACCAAGAACAAGCUAUUCGCUCUCAUGAUGGCCAUCAUGGCCGGCGGCCAGAUCCUCAUCGUUUACGUUGGCGGCGCCGCCUUCAAGGUCGAGCGUCUUAAUGGACCGCAAUGGGGUAUUUCCAUUGUCCUUGGCUUCCUUUCCGUCCCUGUUGGCAUUCUAAUCCGUCUCGUUCCCGACGCCGUCUUCGUGGCACUCGUUAAGCCCUUCGCCUGGUGCUGGUCCAAGAUUCCCAAGUGGAAGCGCAAGAAGAAGACGGAAGACGAGGAUGCCGAGCACCUGGGUGGUGUUAAGGAUGCUCUGAUGGAGAUCAGAGACGACCUGGCGUUCCUGAAGCGCAUCAAGGGAGGAAGAAUCAGCCAGAUCAGCGAGGUCAUUAUGAAGCCCCGCGAGUACCGCGAGAGAACCCGCAGCCGGAGUGGUUCCAGAUCUUCCAGCAGGCAUAACACGUCGCCGAUGAAGGCCGCUCUGGGCAUGCCCGGUAUCGUGGCCGCCAGUGUUGGCGGCCUGUCGCCUGUCGAACGGCCGUUGUCUCACGACAGCCGGACCAAUGAGGGAGGAAACGAAUUGGAGGUGCCGCGGGCCUGA